CCCAUUUUCACCACUUGAAGUGAAAACAAUAAAAAUAUUUCUCUGGAUAGUAAUUGUGAGACCAAAAAUGUAACUGCAAUUAACAAGAAUAACUUCAUUUUUCUUCAAGGUGAGGAAGAGCUGAGUAAGGGAAUACCAAUAGAGUGGGAGAAAAUAUUCAACAGCGACGACUCUCCGGCGGAGCUGGUGGUUAACUCCGCCUUACCACGGCUGCCUGCUGAAAAACAGUAAUCGAUCACCAUGGACGGAGAAGAGCUCAAAGAAGGACUUUCGAACUUAUCAGAUACAGAAUUGACCGACAAAAUUGCUAGGCUAAAAAAAUCUCUCUUUAGCAACAUUUGUGUUAGGCUACCCGAUGGAGGUGAAAAGCUUAGGGCAAAUAUCAAACUGCAUGAGGAUGAAUUAGAAUGGAGGAAACGGGUCGGUUCCGAUCAGGCAGUGUCUAAGCCAGCCAAUGCUUUCCAAGAAGAACUAUAUGCUCUGAAUCCAUGUGACCACAAAAGUACAUUAAACAACCAGUUUUCACAUAGAAAAAGACACAAGCGAGAGUUAUUGUCACAGGAAGAACCUUAUAAGUCUCCUGUAAACAAAGGUGAACAAGUUCUGAAUGUUGAUCUAAAAGGAUGGGAUUCUUCUACUCGUUCUAAAGAAAAUAAGGCCAGCUGUUUCUCAGAGAAGUUUAAAGCCUCUCAAGCACAAUCUUCAUAUACUCGAAGGCAUGCAAAUGGGCAGGCUGUUGUUCUAGUGGAUGAGGAGGAUCCUGAUGCAAUUAAAGCGACAGAGCCAGUGGACCAAGUAAUUGAACGAAAGGCAAUCACAAUAUACUAUCCUUCACGGGUUGAUCCCGAAUCCGUUGAAAUUUGUUGUUCGGACAUGGAAUCUCUAGCACCUGAAGCAUAUUUGUCAUCGACUAUAUUGAAUUUCUACAUCCGGUACCUCCAGAAGACAAAACCUCAUGCAGAUGUCAAUGAGUAUCACUUUUUCAAUACAUAUUUUUACCAGAAGCUCAAAGAGGCUGUACUGAGCAAGCAGAAUGAAAAGGAAGCUUCAUUUAUCAGACUAAGAAGGUGGUGGAAAGGGGUGAAUAUAUUUGAGAAAGCCUAUAUAUUUCUUCCCAUACAUGAAGAUCUUCAUUGGAGCCUGGUUAUAAUUUGCAUGCCAGAUAAAGAAGAUCAACUGGGGCCAAUUUUACUUCACUUGGAUUCAUUAGGGCUUCACUGCAGCAAGUCCCUCUUUGCUACCAUAAGAAAAUUUUUGGUAGAAGAAUGGAAAUUCUUAAGACAAGGAGAAGUGCUAGCUCUUCCUAUUUUAGACAAAAUAUGGGAAAAUCUUCCACGAAGAAUUGAUGAAAACAUCAUUCAGGUCCCACAACAAAGAAAUGAGUAUGACUGCGGUCUGUUUGUUCUUUUCUUUAUGGAGCGUUUCAUUGACGAAGUUCAUAGAAGGCUUAAAAAGAAGGAUUUGACCAUGUUUGGAAGAAGGUGGUUCAAACCUGCAGAAGCCUCUUGUUUGAGGAUGAAAAUCCGCAGAAUACUCGAGGAAGAAUUCAAGAAUGUGAGUGAGAAUGAUUGAUAUUUUUGGGAUUGGUACUGUGUACAGACAGCUGUAAAGUUGGAUACUGUCGUCAGUCAUACAUCAACCAUAAAUAGGCAGAGGAUAUAGUAGAACUGAUUGACCCAUCCAAUGGGAAGGAGAAAUGCAAUAGACUUCCCUGGGAAAUAUAUACAUUGUCCAGAAAUCAUAAUUGAACAAUCACCAAGAGGAAAAAACAGAAGAUUUGGGCGAUGCAUCGGUAUUGACAUCUGCUGAAGCGAGUAGCCCCUAAAACCAGAAGCUGCAGCCAUGUCCAUUUCAAAGAUGGAAGGUAUCUAUGGAUCACCAGUCCCCUCCCCCCUCUCUCGAUUUGUGGCAGUUCUCCUUCUGCUAAAAACAGUUUCACAUGUUUGCAUUUAAGCGAACAAAAUAAGUAAAGUGAAAGCUUUAGCUUAAUGAAGAAACAACUUCUUUCCGUCCUUUUGGUUCAGGCUGCAGUUGUUACUGCUGCUUCCCGCUUGAUAGUCUAUUAAAUGAGCCAAUUCAGUUGGGAUCUAUAGAACUUGUCUUCAUAUUCAAAAUUUGUUCUGAAAUGAUGUUUUCACCUCAAGAAUUAUUUGCAGAAGAAAAGAUGGACGGGCUCUGCACUUCCCAAACAAACCCUCCUAGACGUUGAUUUAUCUUGGAUUAUGUAAGAAAGGUAUUUUUUAUGUAAGGUCAGAGAUGGUCUGAAACCAAUAUUUGAUUAUCUAAUAGAUCUUUCAAUUCUAUAGAAGAGUGUUUUCGCCUAUGUAA